AUGGCGCCUGAGAAGAGGGACUCGUCGGAGUAUUUCUUGGAGGAUGACGGAGACACGGAGGCGGCGGAGGACGGGAUUGAGGAGGAAGAAGAGGAUGAUGAUGUCAUGACGGUGGGUUCGGAUGAAGGCGGCGGGGUUUCACGCACUGGCUCUAUGGUUUCUCAACAAUGGCCUCAGAGUUUUAGAGAAACGACUGAUUUCUAUUCAAUAGCUGCCUCGCCAAACUUUGGGACGUUAUUUCGUUCAUCAGCGAUUGGUUCUUCAGCAAUGAUCAACCAAAAUGACUUGAAUGACCGAAUGCCCUUGAUUGCUGAUUACAAGAGAGGGUAUCGUGAAGAACACUUUGAGAGGUUAAAAACACCAUCUUUAUUGUCCGUUAGUUCUUCUAUGCCGACAGGAGAGUUUCCUCUUAGCCACGGAUGUAGUUUUGUUCAGACCAUAUUCAAUGGUCUUAAUGUUAUGGCCGGUGUUGGGAUGCUGUCCACACCGUACACCGUGAGAGAAGGCGGGUGGGCCAGCUUGCUUGUUCUUGUUCUCUUUGCUUUUAUCUGCUGUUAUACAGCUACUCUUAUGAAGCAAUGUUUCGAGAGCACGGGCAGUAUACUUACUUUUCCUGAUAUGGGAGAGGCUGCUUUUGGGAAAUGGGGCCGUAUUGUUAUAUCCGCGUCUUGUGUAGAAUUUAUCAUCUUGGAAGGGGAUAAUCUGACUCGAAUAUUUCCAGGAGCAUCUUUAACUAUAUUCGGCUACCAUCUCGAUUCCGUGCAUCUAUUUGCAAUUAUCGCCACUCUCGUCAUUUUACCAACCGUUUUGCUGAAAGACCUUCCAAGCGGAGUCCUUGCAACAAUCGUGGUAGUUUUAUGUUUAUUAUUUGUCGGCACCAAAGGUGGAGUUGGAUUUCACCAUGGCAGUAAAUUUAUAAAUUACAAAGGUAUUCCUUUCGCCAUUGGUAUAUAUGGAUAUUGCUACUCGGGCCACUCGGUGUUUCCAAAUAUUUACCAAUCGAUGGCCGAUAAAACACAGUUCACCAAAGCAAUAAUAAUAUGUUUUCUUAUAUGUGUUGGGCUUUAUGGUGGGGCGGCAAUCAUGGGAUUUCUCAUGUUUGGUCAAAGCACAGAGUCACAAAUUACUCUCAAUCUACCGCCACAUACUGUCGGUUCGAAAGUUGCAUUAUGGACAACAGUUAUCAACCCGUUGACCAAAUAUCCUUGA